CCGAUGCGGGAAACAAUGUGCGAAUUUUUGCCGCGAUUUAAUACACUAAAUACCCAAGAAAGUUUCGCCGUUUUUACGUGGAAAAUUUAAUACUAACGUUAAACGUAAUUUCGCGAAUAUUAAAUGCGGUUUUCAGCAAAUUUCCCGCAGGUCAAUUUCGAAUUCGCGUCCACUGCAGUCCUCAGGUUUUCGUCACUUAAAGGAAACGGUCUUCCAGAUCGGGGCGCAUCCUCAAGGCUCUUAUCACAGUUGCAAGCAGUUCGUUCCUCAGCCGCGUCUCCUCCGAACGCCAUAGAAAUAUUUCGACAAGUCUCUGGUAUCACUCGAAAGGCACAAGGAAGCGACCUGGACAUUCACGUUCCCACGAGCGACUUCCAGAAUGUGAGUUCUCCUUUGUUUAUUUCAGCGUGCGUCAUUGUUUACACGUAUACGCCGACUUGCACAUGUGUCGGCACGCAGUAACGCGUAUUACUCAACGUGAUGCGCGUCAUCGUGUCCUCCGUGCAUCCUCAGAAAAAUCGCUCUCUCGCGUUUCUUUCUAAAUUCACGACGAGCGAAAUCAGUGAAACCGGUUGUGAACGGAGCUUCAAAUUCUUCGUCACUGCCUGCCAUUAAAAAGGGAAGAAAACCAACGAAACAAGAAGAUCGACGGUCGAAAAUUAUCGGCGGUCGAAUAUCCACCAAAUGCAGAUUAAUUAAUCUCGGGCUCGUGUCGGAGGAUCCGCAGGCGACAAAAGAGUCACCCGCGAGGAUCAAGCGAGGACGACGUCGAUUGUUGCCGCGAAAACCCCAAGUCCGACGUUGACGGUCCGAUGCGUAUCGAAAACGAGUCGGCAGAGCCGAUGGAAAUUAGCGUCUCGGCAAUCGAAUAUUCGCCGCACGAAUUCACAUUUCGGGGACUCCUCGGGGGUCCAAAGAAAAGAAAGGGAAAAAAGAAAUCGCCGUUUCGUCGACGCGCGAUUUCUCGAGCGCGCGUACGACCCUGCCCGAGCUUCUCCGCCGGACCUCUCCCAUCCGGCCGGAGAAAGCCGUUAUCCGUCGUGGUACUUCCUUUCGAGGCGUAACACGCGGAUAAGCGCGGAUUGUGAUCCCUGAUCCUCCCUGCCUCCCU